AAACACAUUAGACAUUAGACAUUACACAUACAUACAUACAUGACACAGCACACAACACACAACACAUACAACACAACGUUCCAUUUUUCUCAUUCCGUUUCCCAGCGAACUGUAUCUCUAACCUCUCAUCAACUUCUUCUUAUUCUUCUCGUCUUCGCUUUCGCAUGUUCUCGGAGCUCCGGCUCCAUCAACGGAGCCCCGAAUAACCAUUAAACUAUACCUGUUUCUAUUUCUCUUUUCUCUUUCUAUCUCUGUCUAUUGUUAUUGAGCUUGCCUUCCGAUCGCAAAAUGUCAACAAGAAGGAGUAACAUAGGCGCGUGGGCCGCCGAUGCUGAGCGAGCAGAGGAGGAGGAGCAGGAGGCUGCGGCCGCCGCGGCCAUUGCCGGAGGUAGUGGAGACGCCGGAUCGUUUGACUUCCCGAGCCUGAAGGAGGCCGUGAGCACCAAGCCCAAGAAGAAGAAGAUGUCGCUCAUGGAGUUCAACAACUCCGCCGGCAGCGGUGGUGGUGGCGGGGGAUUCGCGAGGGAGCAGAGGGGCUUAACGCCAGACGAGAUGCUCCGCCUCCCGACAGGGCCUAAGGAACGCUCCGCCGAGGAAAUGCAGUACGGCCGCGGGUUUUCUAACUACGGAGGCGGCCGCUCUGUCCCGCCGCCUGGCCGAGGUCUGGACCGUAACGACGGCGACGGUUCCUGGGGCGGAGGGAGGAGAUCCUAUGGCGAUUUCGAUGAAGAGCGCAGGGGCGGUCCUCGUUCUAGGGUUUCGGAUUUCGAUCAACCUUCGAGAGCGGACGAGGUGGACAAUUGGGCUUCGUUGAAGAAACCAGUUCCGGCAUUCGAUUCCGGUCGACAAAACCGGUACGGCUCUCUCGGCGGUGGCGGUGGCAGUAGUGGUGGCAAUGGAGAUGGCGGUGUUGGUGGUUCUAGGGCGGAUGAGGUGGAUAAUUGGACGGCUGGUAAGAAGUCUCUUCCUGUUAGAUCUUCCACGUUUGGUUCUGGUUUCCGCGAUUCAGGUCCAGAGCCUGAUCGCUGGACACGUGGCAAGCGUGACACACGUGACUUACGUGACAGCGAUCGGGAGCGGCCGAUAUUGGUGCUGGACCCGCCGCAAGGCAACGGUUCCGUGAACGAAAUGGAGGCAGUGGUGAAGACGAACAAGCCGAACCCUUUUGGCGCAGCGAGGCCAAGGGAGGAGGUUUUGGCGGAAAAGGGAUUGGAUUGGAAGAAGCUCGAUUCGGAGAUUGAAUCGAAGAGGCCUGUAAGUGCACACUCCAGCAGGCCCUCCAGCGCGCAAUCGAGUUGCUCCGAGGGGCCUGCCGGAUUGCAGGUGAAGCCGAAGGUGAAUCCCUUUGGGGAUGCCAAGCCUAGGGAGGUUUUGCUGGAGGAGAAGGGAAUGGAUUGGAAGAAGAUUGAUCUUGAAUUGGAUCAUCGCCGUUUUGAUAGGUCUGUCAUGCUGUUUUGUUUGUUUGUGCAUGUUUUUGAUAGUGAUAUUGUUUUGUUACCAUUUGAGCGUUAUGAAUUUAUGAUGCAUUGUUGCGAUAACACUUGAAUUUCCUUUUGCUGGCUACAAGUCUUGGCAUGGGCUGUAUCCAUAGUUGCUACAGUCCUUCUACAUAUGAUUUGAUUAGUGAAUUCACAGUAGGCGAUUUAAUUGGUUGUCCCAGCUAUUUGAAUAUAACACUGAUCAUAUUGACUGAGUUGUGCUUGUAUAACAUGACUUCCACUUAUGUAAAUUCCUUUAUGCAAAUUGAUGUUUAACAAUUAACAGUUGACAUGUCAAUGCUGGUCCUGUCAUUCAGUUUAUUGG